AAACUUUGCGAAGAGACAAGUCUCUUCGUUGCGAGUCUAACAGGUUCUAGACUGCCGGCUAAGCUGAGGAUAAAGGCCAGCGACCAGCCAUGGCGAGGCCAGAACGGUUCAUCCGAAGUGAGACUUGCUUUCAGAGCAGAAGGCGUGGAUUUGCCCCUUCAGUUAGUUAGCCCGCCGCGAGACUCGUCGAACGGAGCAGAAGGUGCUUGGACAUUUGCUGCUAGUGGAAUCAAGAUACGGUAUACCGGUAGAGAGGAAGCAGACGGGGACUGAUUUGUGAAAGUUGUCUUGAAGACCAAGAGAGUGCAAGCUAGUUUCUAGAUUUUGUCAGUGGACUCCUGUGCUGUGAGAGCUACUCUGUACCGUGGUGAAAAUGAAGGCCAACAGCAAGACUGCGAUUGGAAUCGACCUGGGCACGACUUACUCGUGCGUUGGUGUCUAUCAGCACGGCAAGGUGGAGAUCCUGGCCAACAGCCAGGGCAAUCGCACCACACCCAGCUAUGUUGCCUUCUCGGAUACGGAACGUUUGAUAGGCGAUGCAGCAAAGGAUCAAGUGGCGCGCAAUCCCAAGAACACGAUAUUUGAUGCCAAACGAUUGAUUGGUCGUCAGUUCACCGAUACUGCAGUUCAGAAGGACAUGAAGCAUUGGCCAUUCCAAGUGAUCAACGUGAACGGCCAGCCAAAACUGCAAGUUGAAUAUCAGGGAGAGAACAAAGUGCUGUCACCGGAGGAAGUGAGCUCUAUGGUGCUGAGUAAAAUGAAGGAGACUGCGGAGGCAUAUCUUGGAACUGGUGUGACUGAUGCAGUGGUCACGGUGCCAGCGUACUUCAACGACUCGCAACGCCAGGCAACAAAAGAUGCUGGUCGCAUCGCUGGACUGAAUGUCCUUCGCAUCAUCAAUGAGCCGACAGCUGCAGCAUUGGCAUACGGAUUGGACAAGCGUAUGUCUUCUGAACAGAACGUGCUGGUGUAUGACCUUGGCGGUGGCACGUUUGAUGUCUCCAUCCUAUCCAUUGACAAUGGCUUAUUUGCUGUAAAGUCAACUGCCGGUGACACACACUUGGGUGGCGAGGACUUUGACAACAGACUGGUGGAGCACUUUGUUGCUGAGUUCAAGCGCAAGCACAAGCAAGACUUGUCUGGCGAUGCACGUGCCCUGCGCCGACUGAGGACAGCAUGCGAGCGAGCCAAGCGAACUCUGUCGAGCAGCACCGAUGCCAGUGUGGAAAUUGAUUCUCUGUAUCGUGGCAUUGACUUCUACAGCAAGAUCACUCGUGCAAGAUUCGAGGAGCUGUGUUCUGACUUGUUCCGCUCAACCCUGGAACCAGUAGAGAGAGCACUGAACGAUGCCAAGAUGGGAAAGUCUGAGAUCCACGAAGUCGUGCUGGUUGGUGGAUCAACGCGUAUUCCCAAGAUCCAGAAACUGCUUCAGGACUACUUCAAUGGCAAGGAGCUGAACAAGGGAAUCAACCCAGAUGAAGCUGUUGCUUAUGGUGCUGCUGUUCAAGCGGCUAUCCUGUCUGGGGUGAAGGAUGAGCGAGUGGAUUCAGUGGUCCUCCUCGAUGUUGCACCGCUAUCGCUAGGAAUCGAGACAGCCGGAGGCGUGAUGACAACACUCAUCAAACGCAACACGACAAUCCCAACUCGUGCUGGCGAGACUUUCACUACGUAUUCCGACAAUCAGCCAGGUGUCACUGUGCAGGUGUACGAGGGUGAGCGAGCCAUGACCAAGGACAACCACUUGCUGGGUCGCUUUGAGCUGAGCGGCAUGCCACCUGCACCUCGUGGAGUACCAAAGAUCGACGUUAGCUUUGACAUUGAUGCCAACGGUAUUCUACACGUCACAGCAAAAGAUCAGAGCAGCGGUCGCUCCAGUGACAUUCGGAUCACAAACGAGAAGGGCCGGUUGAGCAAGGCUGAUAUUGAACGAAUGGUAGACGAGGCUGAACAGUUCAAGCAAGCUGACGAAGAUCAGAGAGAGCGAAUUGCCUCUCGGAACCAACUGGAGAGCUAUGCGUUCAAUGUCCGCUCAGCGGUAACAGACGGUGCUUCAAAGCUGAACACUGAUGAAGUUGAGAAGGUGAAGAGUGCAACUCAAGACGUUCUUGACUGGCUUGACAAGAAUCAGCUUGCUGCAAAAGAGGAGCUUGAGCAUCGCUUGAGCGACUUGCAGCAGCUGUGCUCACCCAUCAUGGCCAAACUGCACGGUGGCAACAGUGGCAAUGGAUGCUCAGCAGGAGGGUCUUGCAAUGGCCCGAAAGUGGAAGAAGUUGACUGACCCCAUGCACCACACAGUUGGAAUUGAACAAUUUGUAGAACUCAGCACUCUUCCCUUGAUUGUUGCUGGAAAUGUUUUUGAGCUAGUGCUGAUGACAGACAUGCCGUGCAAAGCAGAUCUUUUUUAAGCUUGUUUGAACUUUGAAGUGAUUUCCUUUUCUUUGUGAUCAUAGUUCUAAGUUUUCAGCUUGGAAAAAGCGUUGCAUCUCAACGCAUUACUUGCCAUGUUUCGUUUCAAAGCUUGACUCCUACAGUUAUGAAUUAAUUUGUUUAAAACUAAGUAUACCUAUACCUACGGUGUGCUUUUCUUGAUCCGACCAAGUACAGUAAUCAUGAUUGUAUUUUCUGUCUCAUUUUUCUCCCCACACUUUAUGAAUAUCAAUAAAACUGUGAAAGGUACCAUGGACAUUUUUUACCCAUGA